AUGAGUGAUCACGCAGACGUUAUUCGACCGGUUCUAUUUGGGGUUCGCCUGCUCCUAUGGAUCUGUGCAGUAAUCACCUUGGGCCUUACUGCAUGGGUUGCCGAUCACCUGAAGGGCUACCGGGUCAUCUUCACCCUUGUUAUUUCGGUGCUCGCUGCAGUUUUCUACAUUCCCUCUCUCUUCACCGCAUUCAUGCAUCGCAACCGUGGUUAUAUGCUUCCAUUAGACAUAAUCUUCUAUGCCCUCUUUUGGACGCUCUGUGGCUUGUGCUUGGAAAUCGCCAAUCUCUAUCUCGAUAAGCCAGCAGUUACCGUCCAUCACGAAAAGAUGAAUACAACGGCUCAUGGUGCCACCAAUGGAACUGCUACGGCAAUGAAUGGUGAGAACACUCAAGUUUGA